UGUUUUGUAUCAAGAAAAUGCAAUGGCCGCCAUCUUCGACUCUUGUGAAUGUUUUGGUCGUAGUUUCGAACUUUGAGGCCUUUUUCAUUUGUGCUAUGCAAAUACUGGAUAAAAAUCGUUUCGCUACAUCGUAGAAAUUGUUAUAUUGUUUGCGAACAGUCAUAUGAAAUAAACCUUGGAGGCCGGGAGCUCUCCAUCGCGUCAUCUCGGGCUGGACCCAAGAUGCUAUUCACAGCAUGUCAGCGACAUCAGAAUAUGAACCUAGGGUCCGGCAAAAUUAUGGGCCGACCCCCUCCAGUGAAAAUUUGUAUGAACAUGUGUUGGAUCACAAAUUAACAGAUACUAUGGAUAUAUCAAGUGUACGAGCCCCAGUAUUGAGGACUGUACCUGUUUCGCCUACUCAAGGUGACCCUGAACCCGAUUCCACAAACCCUGAAAGCAUAAUUCAAGCGGUUCAUAAAGUUGACAAAAAUAUUGAGUAUCAUAUUAGUGAGAAGAGGUGUGACACAGAGAUGUCUGUCGAUUCACUUUCGAGGAUUGUUAGAAUUGAAGAAACUCUUGAUAGUGUAGGACGGAUAGCCUACCCUAUCAUACAAGAAGCUGAUGAUUCAGGAGAUGGAAAUUUUGCAGAGAAUGCUGCGACUCUUAUUCAAACUCCAUUGAAUACAGCAAUUGUGCAGAAUGUUACAAAGCUUCCACAAAACUUCACUAUUAAUGUAGAUGGAUCUGUAGGAAAUAUUACAGCUAUACAGAAUGUAUCUCAGGAUGUUUCUGGCAAUCAAACUCUGUGGUUGCCUACGAUCCUAGCUACUAGUGCUGCUACAGACAGUAAAAAUGAAGAAGAUAGACCCCCAGGAGUAUCGCAAAUUAUUAUAACGAGUGAGAGUUAUGUGAAUGAUACUAAUCAAUCAGGUCGGAGAACAAACAUUAUUACUGAAACGAGUUAUAUUAGCCGACCUAAGACAUCAAAAGUUCAAAUUUUAAGUAACAUAUCUUUACCAAAAAAUUCGAAUUAUUCACAACAAUACAUAGCUCAAAGUAAAGAAAUCAGUGCACCAGUUUAUGGAACCCAAAAUCAUGUAUAUAAGUUGAGUGCCAAUGUUGUAUCCCAAAAACAUUUGAACAAUGCAAUGUUAAGCACAAAGCCACCAAAGAGUCAAUCUCUUAUAGGUGCUGCUUCACUUUCUCCUACUGUUAUAAAUAGUAGUCCAGUAAAAAAUGUGCCAUAUAGUCACACUUAUUCCAAAAGCACAAACUUAAAUAAGGUAAAUAAUGGUGCUAACCUUAAUGCUAUAGUGGCAGCGUCUUCAGGUACCCAAUGUCAUAUAUUGUCCAGGGUAGUUUCUGGACCAAAUAAGAUAUCUGUUCACUCAGGAAGAAAAUCUAUAAACACUUUUAAGGGAUCAAAGAAUUCGCAAAUGUCUAAUCAGAAAAAUCAGUCUAGAGCUAUUAAAAUAAUACAGCAGGCUGGUACAGCACAUAAAUCUGAAAACAAAUCCUGGCCAGUGGCUAGUGUCACAUAUAAAAGCGCAGUCUCCGAUUAUGGUGUUGUUGAGACUCACACAUCGAAAGUCAUACAAAAAGUUGGAAGUCCUAACCAAAAAGUUCAGCAACCUAUGGCUUUACAGAAAGUCCCUAAAGGUGAGCGCCUUGUACUUCAAUCACCUUGUGGACCAGUGUUGUUAUCCACUGCCCCUAUCGGCACAAAUCUGCCAAAAGGACCACAUUACGUGCAAUCUGGGUCUACACCAAAUCUCAGAUAUGUGCAAACAUAUGGACCAGAUAAUCAGCUCUCUACUGUGUCUCAAGUAUCUGCCAACCAACAGUUAACUGCACAGAUUUUACAAUCCUUAUCCCAACCCAAGAUAAUGUUACAUCAAAGCUCAAAUAUACCUAUUCAGCAAGUGGUAAAUCUUAAUCCUCCACAGCAUAAAAUCGAAGAGCAAACUGAAUCUAAGAAUGUAAAUCAAAAAAGAAUUGUCUUAGGGGACAAAUCGACACUCUUGACAGCGGAAGACAUCGUCGGGAUGGAGGAGAGACCUAAUCUAUCGGAAGAAUUACGUCGAUACUCAUUUCAGGCAUUGGCUUUUCUAAUGCUAGACCACACAUACGCUUUACCGGCUCAAAAGCAACCCGUCGUCGGCGGUCCAACUCCCGCGCCGUCCGCUAUAUCUCCGACCGUGGUCUCCCCUCCCGCCACCACGACUCCACCAACUCCGCCGAGGAGUUCCCCCGUCGCGGCCGCGCCGUCGCCGCACGAGGCACCUGCGGCUGCCGCACUCUCCCCCGUCGGGGUCGCCGCACCCCCCUCCACGGUAACUACGGUCCAACCUACCGCCCUCGCCUACAAGCCACAGUCAGUACAGGACGACGACACAGCGUCGAUCAUAUCAUCGGUGGAAGGUGAACGUCGGCCGCCCGCCGCGGGGGGUAGCGACACCGAGACCGCACCAGAAGGGGAGGAGGAGGGCAAAACGCGCUGCAUCUGUGACUUUACACACGACGACGGUUACAUGAUAUGCUGUGACCGCUGCGGCGAGUGGCAGCACGUGGAUUGUAUGGGCAUCGACCGGAAUAAUAUACCGGACGCAUACAUGUGCGAGCUGUGCCAGCCGCGCCCUAUAGACCGCCGGCACGCGCGAGCCAUUCAGCAACGAAAACGAGAAGAGUUGAGCGCUCUGGGCGCGUCGGACACAGAGUCUGAACCGGAUCUGGCUCGUCCGCCUGGUCAGAGAAGAAAACGCUUACUGACCGUUACUACAUACACUAAUACGAGUGGAACUUGCGUGACGACGUAUAACUCCAAUCUGCCCGUACUACCUCCCCUACCGCAACCAUCGCUAACCUUACCCAAACGUGGUCCCAAGCGCCCUAAGAAAGCGGAAGUGGUGAGAAAAGGAACUAAGCGAAAACUUUCUGAGAAAAGGGUGAAGCGGAAGAAAGAAAUGCUGUUAAAUAGAAGUAAAUAUAACUCGACGAUGUCAAAUCAAUCGCACUGGCGUGACUUGUACGAAUUGGCGAUGACGAAUCACUAUAGUCCUGAGUUGCGGGCUAAAAUUAUGAAAUAUAGUAGUAAGCUCGGUAGUACGUCUAACAUGGCAUCUGCCAUAACGACUCAUUUAUGUACAACUGUACCACACGCUGGUGGUAAAAUACUCAUAGCGACGAAGGAUCUUAAAGAAAAUUCGCCUGUUAUUGAAUUGAGAGGUAAAUAUAUGUUAUCGAAUCAGCAUAGACCACAAUUACAAAAUUCCGCUCGUGCGGGAAGUCAAAAGCCUGGUCCUUUCGUAUUUUUCUAUAGAUUACCAAAAGAUAAUACGCAAAUAUGCAUCGACACAAGAACGUAUGGUAACGAGGCAAGGUUCGUGCGUCGCUCAUGUAAGCCGAAUGCAGAAUUACAACAUUGUAUUGUUAAAGGUACCUUACACGUCUACUUAGUAACGAUUAAUGAUAUUCCAUCCAAUACAGAGAUAACUGUUGGACACGAUACAAAUGGUGGCAAGCAACCUUGUGCUUGUGGUAAUCCUAAACAUUGCAAAGCAAACGGUUUAACGCCUUUGAUGCCACGAAAAAGCUUGGAAUACCCGCAAAGAGAAAAACGCAGUAGAAACAGAUGUUUCAGCUCUUCGUCUCCCGUGUCACCACCCUUAGCGUCGCUUAUAAAGACGCCUGUUAAAGACAUAUCACCACCGUUCACGGCAAUCAAAUCUGAAAAGAAAUCUCCAAUCAAACAUGAGUUCCCUCCGAUGUCACCUGUUAAAGAGCCAUUGCUGGCUCUAGAUUUCAAUGCGCCAAUAAAAGCUGAUCCAUACCUUGAUAUUAAAGAAGAACACGAAGAAAUUGAUCUUACUGCGAAAGAAGAAAUGAAACCAGAUUUGGAUGAACCUGACUUUGUUAAAAUUGAACCUAUUAUACAGAAGAUUGAAAAGAAAAUUGAGCCUGAGGUUAAACCUGAGCUGGAACGAGAGCCAGAGCCAGAACCGGAAUCAGAACAAGAACCAGAACCGGAACCGGAGCCAGAACUAGAACCUGAACCGGAACCAGAACUAGAACCUGAACUUGAAACUGAACCUGAACCGGAACUGGAACCAGAACCUGAGCUGGAACCCGAACCUGAACCAGAAAAUGCUAUUGAACCUAUUAUAGAGACUCCAGAAAUUAAAGCAGAGGAAACCGACUUAAAUGAAACAUUAGUUAAACCUCCCGUUAUAUCUGAUGAGGCAAUAGAACAAGAGAAAAUCGAAGAGAAACCUAUUGAACCUAAAGUCGAACUUGAGAGGCCAGUCACUCGAGAGUUGACUGCCAAGUCUGCUUGUCAUGACAGGUCAUCGAGAUCAAGUCGAACAACUUGCGUCAAUCACGAUUCGUUGGACGAUAAAACCGAUGACUCGCAAGACAAAAUACAGACCGUGUCAAAUAAGGAAAAGGACAAACGCAAAAUGACUCGCGAGGAGAGAAAAAUGGAAGCAAUAAUGAAAGCAUUUGAGAGAAUGGAAAAAGCACAACAGAGAAAACAAGAAGUAAAAGAGAGACAGAAGCGAAGAGAAUCUGACCCACAUCCGAGUAACAUAGAUAAAGAUGACGACGAUGACAUACACUGUAGUGCUAAAAAACGAAAAAAACGUAGAGGACGGGCUCGAACAGCGUCACAGUCCAACAGACGCCGAUUAAAUUCGGCAGACAGCGACCUUGUAACCUCAGGAGAUGAAGCCACACCUUUGUCUCCUCGAGCUCCUUCGCAACCGGAACAGUCACUGCCUAUGCCGGAAUCUGAGAGGAACCACGAACCUGUUAGUGAGGACCUUGGAUUAAGCUCGGCCUGUCUGCUCGUUGAAGCUGCAGUGGGUUCUGUUGAAUCGGCGUUCAAACUUCCCAAAACCAAGAAGACAAUGGCCACUGAAUGGAUAGGUCGAUCUCCUGAACGAACGCCAUCUCCGUACCAAUCACCCUACAGACCGCCUCUAGUUUCAGCUACCUCAUUAGAGAGCCUCGUUAGGGUAGCGUCCACGAUGAUUGGUGACCUUAGCGGAAACCAGGAAUACAAUGAGGAUGUACACCAUUCGCCUCCCAGGACUCCAGGUAGAGAGAGAAAUAGACCUCCGAAGAAGGCUAAGAGAAUCACAAGAAGCACUCCGCCUAUAGAAGUUGCAGAGGUAAUUCCUGUCCAACAUAGUGCUAAGAAACGUUGGUUGCGGCAAGCUAUCAGUGAAGAAAGUGAUUGCCCGAUGGCCGAUGCAUUUGUUCCAGAAUCUCCGCCCAAUGAAAUAGUGACGCCAUUAAAAAAGAGAAGAAUGGCGAGGGAAUCUUUAUCGUAUGAACAGAAUACCAUAGUGCCUUGUAACGACGAGACUUCGCCGGUAUUGACGUCUGAGGACUCUCCUGUCAAAGAGGACGCCCUGUCACUGGCUCGGCAGUACAAACGUAACAUAAUGGAAAUGUACAGCAGAGAUCGGACCCGCUCCGACAGCGGGCAGGGCUCCGACGAUCAGUGUAAUAUUGACCAUGACGUGCUUAAUGUCAACUUAAAAGGACCACAUGACAGCGAGCACAUACGUAGAAUUAUAGGUGUACCUACUCCAGAGGAGGAAAUACCGCCCGAGAUAGCUAAACCAGAACAUGUUUCUACUAAUAAUAAUAACUUAGAAUUAGAAGAAUGCUUGUACAAUAAGGUCGUUCCUAUGGAAAUCGAUACAACAGUCAUAACUCAAACAAAAAUAGAAUCAAAUGAGAGUAUGCAUGAUAUUAAGGGUGCAGAAAGCCCAAGCGAUAAAGUAAAUAGCUCGCAGUCGGCCGACACGAGCGGUAACUCUUCUCCUCAGCGUGACGAGAUGGACGACAUUCAGAAAAAAAUACAUUCGUUUCACACGGAGAACAUACAAAUAUUGAAAAGUCGAAACAAAAAGCCACCUAAAGAGAAGCGGAAGAAGGUCAAUUUGAAUUUCGAUCUCAAUAUGGUGGACGACCAGAUCAGUAUCCAGCUGCGAACGGAGGACGAUACGAACUCCAAGUCGCCGGAGAUGAACGGGGACGCACACGACGACGGCAACUCCCACGAGGAUGCCAAAUUGCACGUCUCACCGGAGAACAUACCGCUGCCGCCCGUCGAGUCUAUACCUCUCCCCGCACCCGAAAACAUACCCCUCCCCGAGGAGCCCAGUCCGAUAUCGAUCAUCCCCUCCCCCGAGACGAUCCCGCUGCCCGAGGAGCCCAUGCGACCGGCGCCCGUGACUAUCGUCGAGAGGAAAGAGGAGAGGGACCCGAUCGAGACCACGCUCCCGUUCUCGUCGCGCUUCAGCUCGACCGGCCUCUUCUCCGGGAUCUUCAGCAACAUAUCGCACGCCCUCAAGGAGGGGCCGGCGAGCGAGAGCGUCCCGUGCGCGGCGACGAUCAAGAGCGCGAUCGACCGGUCGACGAGCCUCGACGGCGGCCCCUUCGACAAGGACGGCGGCCGGCCCGUGGACGAGCUGCGCAGCGUGCAGGAGAUCCUGACGCGCGUCAACAACAUGGACACCAACAACAGCGUGCUGCUGUCGGGCGUGCUGCGCGCGGCGGGCGCGGCCGGCCCGCGCGCGCGCGCCAACGACCCGCGCCUGCACCCGCCGCCGCAGGACAAGCCCAAGCCCGUGCGCCGGAAGCUGUCCAUCAGCGAGUACCGCAAGCGGCACUCGGGCGCGGCGCCGGGCGAGGAGGGCGGCUGCGCGGGCGGCGCGGGCUGCGCGGGGGGCGAGGGCGAGGGCUCGGGCGACUGGUCGCGCGGCUCGUCGGGCUCGGCCUCGCUGUCGCCGCAGCGCCUCGACGCGGCCGCGGCCGCCGCCGUCGACGAGCUGGAGCAGCGCCUGCACCGCGACCUGGCCGUGCAGCUGGACCAGCGGCUGCGGCGAGACCUCCCCGUGCAGCUGCCUAAAGGCGUGUUCGACGCGCAGCCCACCGCCUCCGAGCGACAGCGAGAGAACCUGAGCUCGCGGCUGCGGCGCGAGUUCGGCCUCGCGCUGCCCGACGACGAGGACGCGCAGGCGCCCACCGACUUGGGCGCCAAGCGGUGCGACAGGUAGAGGCGCCUGCGCCCGUAGGCUAGACGUAGUUUUGUAAAUCUCACCGGCGCCGGACCGUCGCUUGUAAUAUAAUGUAACUUUUGUAUCUCGUCUCGGUUCUCUCGUGUAUAUUUCUGUUUUCGAUUCUUCCUCUUGUAAGUUCAAGGAUUCUCUGCGAGUACAAAUUGUUUUUAUUUCCUACUGUACAUAUUGUAUAUAGAAAAAAAUAUUGAGGCGACUCACGCGGUACGUAUGUAUAAUGGUAUAUGAAAAAAUAAGAUUUUUAUAUAUGUACAAUGUUUAUGUAUCUUAUUGAUAUGUUUAUUUAUUACGGACAGCGGAGUCUAAUAAAACGUUGGAUAUAGGAUUUUUGUACGCAUCAUAAUGUGUAAGUAAAUUAUAGUUGUUUUUAUUGUUUUAAUUUUUUUUUUUAUUGUAUACAACGGGGUAAUUGUCCCGUUAGGUAUAUAGGUAUCUUGUUAGUGUUAGAUGUUUCUGGUGUAAUUUAGUGUCGAAUUGUCAUAAGCCAUUUUUAGAUUUAAAUACGUGUCAUAAUUUAAGUGAGCGCAUGUGGCAAAGUUCACACCAUCACAAGGCUUAUAGGCGACUGGGUACUCGCUGGAUUUGAGACAUCGAUUCUAGAUUACCAUUAAAUUUAGAAUAACUCGAUAAAUAAUCUUUGAAACGUUGUUUGUCGAAAUAAAUCCCAAAGAGCAAUGCUCAAUAUAUGCUUAAUAUAUAGUCUUAACUCUUAAUCGAAUUGACAAUAGAUUAUUUACAUCAUCACAAUAGUUGGGCAUUUUAAUGGUAUCUAAAAUCGAUUCGAAAUGGCCCAUAUAUAGAUCGUAAACCACAUCUUUAUUAUACUCAACAAUAGCAUAAAAAACUAAAUAGUAGUCCGAAACGCAAUUAUGCUCCCGUUGUGAAAUAGACGCUGAUUGUAUAUUAAAAUCUAUUUUACUUUAAAAGUAACCAAGUUACGUUAAGUGUAAUUGGGUUUUGUACUAUACAAGAAUCUUUAUUGAUAUUGUAUACGCCAAUGUGUAAAUUAUAAAAAAAUAUUUAGAUUUUUCUAUACACAUAAUUUUCGUUCUUAUAACCGUUAUUUAUUUAUUAUUUUUUUUGCUGGCAACAAUGGUUUUGUAAAUUAUUUUAAAAUGGCGUCUGCAAUAAGUAACUCGCGGUCAUUAGUACCUGACUCGUCAACAACGAAUAGAUGUUGUGAAUAAACCCGGUCCAACCCCAACCCAGUGAAAUCGUGUGACCGAUGGGCUUGCAAAAUAUUCUGUUUGUUAUUUCUUUUCAUUCGUUUGUUUAGACUUCAAUCGUGGCCUAAACACACAAUGGCUUAGUAUGAACGAGUCUGAUGUGACGCUAGAAAAACAGUAAAUAUAGUUUUAUGUUGUUUUUAUUCUCAUUUCAAGUCUCGAUAAAGAAGUUUGUAGCAAUGGGAUCUGCUAGUAUGACUACGACUUUAGCCCAGUGCGAGCAAGAAUCCAUCCUUAAUAUUGCUCAAUUAUUUUUCAAAAUUUAUUCGUCAGUCAAUAUUGAAUGUUCGUAUGAAAUAUUCGGUCAGGGUAAUGAUAUUUAAAAACAACAGAUAAAAUAAUUAUGCCUUUAUUUAAAUCUUUGUCUGUUGUUUGUAGAACUAAUAUGAGAAAUCAUAUCAACAGAUUUUGAGGUCAGUAUUCCAGUUUCAAAGUUACCUAAGUUUAGGCCGAUCUCUCUUACAGCUAGCUGACAUUACAGAUUUUUUAUCGACCAAUAGUUGAUCGUUAUUUUUUAAUAUCUAAUUAGAAAUGUACAUUACCAUAGUAUUUCGUGUAAACUGUCGAGCGAUAGUGAAUUUGUAAUGCAGUCCUGAAGCUGUGCUUUGCGCUGUAUACUUUGUUAGGGAUGCCGGGCAUGGCCUUGAAAUUACCGCCUAAAUUAUUUGAUAAGAGUAGGCUGAGCCAUAUACGAAAUUUGUGUUCAUUUCGAUACUUAAUUUAAUUUGUGAUGCUUUGCUUUUCACUUGGUGAUAUCUGCUAUCUUCCAGAUAAUUUCUCGACGUAUAUAUUUUUUUCCUAAACGUAAAUACAAGCACUCGAGUUUAGAAAUAACCUAUCGAGGAAUGAUAAUAUAAUGUGCUUAGUUGUAUGAAUGUAAAAUGGUAUUGUCACGUUUUUGGAAUUCUUAUAAUUUUUUGUGCGUAUCCUUUUGUUAUAAAUUUAAUAUAACUAUAAAUAUAUUAUAUUUUUGUUGAGUGAACAUUUUCACGUGUUUGAUAUUUUUAUUGAUUAAAAAUAAGUUUGCAUUUUAAUUUAAAUUUACAUAAUAGAUAUAAAUGGUACUUCAAAGAUGCGACAAUAUUAUCUGAUUUACAGACUACUUAACAAAACCUCAAUUCUCCGCAUAAUGUUUAAACCUAGGUGUUAGUCAAACUGUUGCAAUAAUUCGCCUAAAGGCAAAACAUGUAGUGGGUAAAAGAUGAUAGGCACGCAAAAUAAUAAGCAGCUUUUUAUUUAAUUCGUAUAAUUUUAUAUUUUUGUAUAGAGAAAUGAUUGAAAUUUAUUUUUUCGAUCCGAUUUAAGUAUUCGAGUUGUGUAACAAGGUGCGUCAUGAUCGUAAGUCAUGAACUAUGUAUAUAUCUCUGGUUGUUAAAUAGAAUUUAAAUUAAACGCUUUCUCCUAAUGUUAAAGUGCAUUUUGCUGUAACGUUUUAUAUAUUAUGUGUUUUUUGAGAGCAAAACGCCCCGUAAUGUAUUCACUUUUAAAUUUUUGUGUCAUAAAUUCAAAUUUAUUAUUUUGUAUGUAAAUUUGUCGAUUUUUAACCAGUGUAUGGACGUACAUCAUAUAAGUUUUAUUGAUUUAACUUAAGUCAGUAAUAUAACAAAAUACAGUGACAGCACAAUGCGCUGCAACGUAUGAAAUCUUUGUAGUUAUAUUAGAGAAAAUCUUUGUGAUAACUUUUAAAUAUCAUUCAGUAGAGAAACUGUGUCUUGUAAAUAGUAUAAUUAAUGUUAAGUGAAAAAGCUACAUAUAUUUUGUUAAAGGUGAUUGAAGAGAGCAAAUUAACUAUAAUUUGCUUACGUCUCAGUGUUGUCUCCCACCUCGGCCUGUCCCCGAACUAUUCGUUUGUAACAAUGGAAUAUUUUGCAAUACAAAUUAUAUCAUUUUUUUAAACUUAAGUGGAUCGUAAAAUAGUGGCGCUGUAUAUUAUCCAGAUGUUAAAUAUUAUUAUUUCUUUCUUAAUGUUUGAACUAAGCAUGUAAAAUUUAAAAUAAUAAUAUAGAAUAAAAGAUGUUAUGAUAAUUAAUUAC